AUGCCGCGCACCCCGUGCCGGGUGCCGCGGGAGGCCGCCCCCCGCAACAAGUCAUGGCAACGGCGGGAAUUUCCCGGUCCGGACAGCCGGAAGCGGCCCCAGCCGAGGUCGCGGCUGCGAAACCAAAAUCCAGUCCCUCUCCCGGGGUAGCAAAAUGGACGAAAGGCGACCCCCAGGCAGGGGCGGCGCGCGCCUCGGAACCUCGGGAAUCCCUUCUCUUUCCGGGGCAUCGCGCUGCCAGUCGGAGGUACUAGAGGGAGCAGAAGGGGCGGGAGACCGGCCCAGCGCUGCCCCACGGGGGGCCUCGGUGCCGGGCGCAGCCGGACCGCCGCGCAGCGCAGCGGGCUCCAUUCCCGGCAGCCGCCGCCGCUGCUCUGCCCAUUGCGCAAACCCGGCGAGUCCAACCCGCCGCCUGGGUCGCUGCUGCUGAAACCCCGGAGGCGGGCUCGGACGCUCCGGGCGUUCACCGGGGACUAAAAAUACAAUGUAAGGCUCCCCCGCCUAGACCCCCGCUCGGGCCAUCAGGGUUCUGCCCCCAAAGCUAGUGGCCGCCCCAGAGGGGGGAGGGGAAGGGGAGAGGCUGGCACCCCCUCCCCCUUUUGGCUCCCGCUCCCGCUGCCGCAGCUGUUGCCAAAUGACCCCGGGAAUGGGGACGUGCAACCCACCCCAUAUCCCAGCCACACACGUCGCGGCCAGAAAACUGGGAAAGGGGGUGACGGGCAGGUAGAGGAAGCUGCGCUGGGUCCGAGGCUCUGGAAAGGCGAGAACUCACCUGCAAACAGGCAGUCCUUCUCAGCUCUGGACUUCUGGAUCACGACGUCGAUAUCCUUCUGA